CAGCCUUGCAACCACUCAAGCAACCUCAACUCUCGCCCAACUCAUCGCUUCGUUUCUACCAAUCUGCACGAUUAUGCUUUGACGACAUCUGACACUUGCAUUUCCCCAAACGCUGCAACUCCUGUGCAUAAGUCUCGACGCUCUCGCUUGCCUGCGUUCCAAUGAUGGCCUUUCCCGCCAGCCAUGAACCCAGCAAGUCCAUCCUCAGCGGCCGCCCUUCCGCACCGACCACUAGCCUCCUCGUCAGUGAUAGCCGGCAUCUGAGUGCAUUUCCUUGAUGCCGGAAGCAGCAUCAUGUCUGAUCAUCUCCCUGCUGACAAUCCGAGUCUCCUUCCUCCACCCGCGCCACCAUUACCUCCCAGUCGACUAGGCCCAUUGCAGAGAAUCAUAGCACCGUGGGGGAAACACAUUGGUUCAAAGUCACAUGGCGGCCCAGCACAAGGCGACGGUGAACGCGGGUUGCGUCAAAUCACUGGCAUCCACGCAUACAGUUCCCUACCUUCCCAGACGGCCACACACCGCACUGGUAUACCGAUUGCCUCGCUCGACAUCAACCAAUCCGGAACCCACGCCAUCCUCGCUGGAAAAGAGAUCCUGAAAACAGUUCACGUCCACGAGGGCAAAGUUACCGAGGACUUGAAUCUUCGGGCGUCCAUUAACUCCUAUGCCUCGACCCAUACGUCGCCCCAGCUGGACGGGGCUGCCAAGCGCAGGGAAUAUCUACCAGCAAGAGACGUGAGGUGGUCUACGGGUAGUUGGGCGCAUAUUGUAGCAACAGCCGCUACAAAUGGCCGCAUCGCUUUGUACGACCUGAAGGCUCCUGGUCCAAGGAUUGAGCUCGCCUGGCUCCAUGAACAUACCGGGCAGAUCAACAAGCUGGACUUUGAUCCCUUCGCUGGGUAUCUUUUACUGUCAGCCUCUCAGGACAAGUCCGUAAGACUAUGGGAUAUGCGAGAGCCAAAACCAGAGAAAUCACGACAACGAUUUGAUGUGCGCAGUGCUGUGCGAGACGUUCGUUGGUCACCACUGGAACCGUUUGAUUUUGCCGUCUGCGCUGAUGGAGGGGUCGUUCAAAAAUGGGACGCGCGUUCUCCUUCGGGACCAAAACUGAGUAUCAGUGGCCAUGAAAAGGCAUGCUAUUCUCUCGACUGGCAUCCAGACGGUCGUCACGUGAUUUCAGGAGGAUUUGACAAGUUCGUCCGGGUCUGGGAUUUCCAGAGUGACAACAGACGACAGAAGCCGGUGUUGCAGUUUCGCGCGCCUCAUGCCAUCAGAAACAUCAGGUGGAGACCGAUAUGUCGGGCGACAGAAUCUUCCUCCAACCAAUGGCAAAGCACUCAGGUGGCAGUAUCCUACUAUCAUGAUGAUCCAAGACUUCACAUUUGGGAUCUCAGACGGCCACUCCUGCCUUUUCGAGAACUUGACAGAUACAGCACGCCCGCCAAUGAUCUUUUGUGGGCGGACAAAGACUUGCUUUGGACCGUUGCGGAUGAUGGAGUUUUCACCCAAUGGGACGUGAAGCAUGCCACUCCUCUGUAUAACCAACUGUCGCCCUGUGCUUCAUCGUUCAUGCCAGAUGGGGAAUAUUACACGUUCACUGAGGAUAGGGAAAUUCGACGAGGACCGAGUCAAGAUGAUGCCGCCUUGGGUUUCUUGAGCAUUCCCCAAGACAAGCUUAGCGGUGUUGAAGAUGGUGCGAUUAGUGGAAGUUUUACAGAUGACGAGGGAGGACUCGAGACUACCAUUGGGACUAGCUUUCGACGGCAUGACAGAGGCCCCGUGUCGUCAAAAUCCAAUCGAUCGCAGGCAAAUAGCCCUCCUUCCGUGGACGAUAAGCCGAACAUUCUUUCUCUGGAUCGAACCGUUAUUGACCGUCAAGAUCUCUUCACUAACGAACAAGUGGGUGCCGCAGGCUAUAUCCCUGGAUUGGCUGCAGAGCCAAAGGUCCUCGAGUACCUAGCCUCCAACUAUGCAACUCCAGCUACAGGAGACGAGAGAAAGCGAUAUCCAGACACAAUCCUUCAUCGUCUGGAGGAUGCUUUCAAUCAGAACGCGGCAGCUUGUGAUAUGGUGUCUAUGCAUCGCAUGGCACAAUCUUGGAGAAUCCUGGCGGCAGUCAUUAUUCCCGAGCUCAAGGAUUGGGCUGAUGGUAACCGUGCCAGGCGAAGAGCUGAUGCUGCAACACGACGACAGAACCUAGAAAACUUUCGGGCAGGGGCCAGCAGACCUGGCCUUUCUCCGUUGGCCGGACUUCCCAGUCGAAAGGGUGAUCACAAGUCACGGAAUCUCAUGAGCAGCUUGUUUAGGGGAGUUGUGGCAUCGGACCGCAAGAACUCAGGAGGCGAUAUGGACAGUACUUCCAAUAUGACCACUCCUCUUGCCAAGCCAUUGCCCGAUACGCCUCCUUCGAGUGGCAAGAGAUGGAGCCAAACGAGCAGUGACGAUAGUAUUGAUGAGAUUGCGCCACUCCCGCCAUCGAUUUUGACUUCACAUUCGACUGCCGCUGCCGCUGCUCGUGCUCUGAUCGAAAGUCCGGAACGAGUUACGAGAUCUGCUUCGUCCUCACCCGAAACAGUGAGACCCAGACAAGCUACCAAGGAGCAGCCUACCAGUGACUCCAUGGCUCCGUCGAAGUCUCCCAAACACGCAACAAAACGAUCACCUGUAGAUUUGUCGGGCACAAGAGCUCGACCGCUUCAGUCGCAGACGCAGGAACAACGACGGGCAGCGUUGAAAGAUUAUCGAAUACAAGCCAGGCCUGUAUUCUCACUGGAAGAUUCGGUCCACAUGCCUGCUACAGAAACCAGGAAUGAAUCUGGAGAGAGCUUUGCCAUGUUCUCGGCGUCAACAGAUAGCUCGCACAAGGCACGAUCGCUAGGACAAUCAUUCGACUCGCCGCGAGGAGGCACGACGAGCUAUGAUCCAGAUAGGGGUUUUGAGCUCGAGGAGGACUCUGAAGAUUCUUCUGGCGAGAUCAAUAAAACGAAACGGCCUACUCUGAAACAAGGACCAAGCGACCGAUCUGAAGGGUGGGAAAGCCGAGAUUCUGGCAUUGAGACACUACUGCAGACGAAGUCCGGUCAGCGCGAUGUACCACUUCAGAUCCAUGCAGAAACAGACAAAUCAACUUGGCAUGCAAAGCAUGAGCAGCAUGGUCAGAUGCCACCUUCCCAUUUCGCCACGACAGUUUCCUCGUCUCCAGAUAUUUUCCAUUUUGAGGGCUUGUCGCUCGGCAAACCACGAAUACACACUUCAAAUCCGAUACGGGUGACCGAGACAGAUGCUGCGGCCGCCAAAGAUGCUCAAAGACAAAAUGCGGUCUACAGUACUAUUUCAAUGAUCGAGCUGGACUGUGAAACAUAUCUUUAUCAAGAUUUUCGGCCCAUCGACUUAUCCCGCUACGAACCUAAACUUCCUUUUGCCUGGUCAGCUCUACCCUUGAUCUGCCAAUGUGUUUCUUUCGACCUGGAUAACGGGAUUGGCCACGGACAAUUUGCAGCUCAUCUUCUGAUGCAUGUACACCCGUACUUCUUUCACCCGAGCUUUCGGAAUCUACCGAGUGCCAACCAGUCGGUAGCGGAGCGCCUCGCAGAUAGGCUGAUGACACCACAGCUCGGGCAUAGGAUUAUUGAGGCUAUUUUGGAAGGCCAUUUAUCCUUCUUGAAUCAGAUGGGGCUUUUUGAGUCAGCGGCCCUUUUGAGAAAGCAGUCAGUGGAGCUGGAAUAUCCCAGGCUAUACAGGAGUCCGCAGGCAAGCAAACAAGCCGCUGGCAGUCUUACGGAUGGAGAUCCUAGGAGCUUGUCCAUUGUCUGCCGCCAUUGCCAAGGCCCAAUGGCCCUCGGUAAGAGCGCAUGUGAGCGAUGUCAGCUGGUCAGAUCUGUGUGUCCGAUCUGCCUAUCGCCGAAACACAGGGCUGACGGCGAUCCAAAGCCACCCGUGAACGGUAUGCGUAGCUGGGACCAUGGCUGCAAUAUGUGGUCCUUCUGUCAAGCAUGUGGCCAUUCCGGACAUGUCCUAUGUAUGACGGAAUGGUUCACUCAGCCUCUCAGCGAGGGCACGUGCCCAAGUCAAGGCUGUGGCUGCGAUUGCGGUCCUGGUAUGACCAGGCAACUUCGCACUGAACAACAAACCAAACAGGAAGAGGAAGCCAAGCUGAUACGUGGGUCCAGCUCAGGACGAAUAUCUACCAAGCGUGAUCCUGUACGAGCUACAGCUAGCCUGGCUGUUGACAAAGCACGAGCUACACUCCGUUCCAGCUUGGAUGGCGAACGGGCCACCCAGAGCAGUGAUGAACGGAGUUUCACCGGUAGGCGUGAAAGUAGUCGAGGCCGUCUGUCUGGUUUGGGCAGCUCACGCAAGUCUGUACGAUUAGUCACGCCGGGGGAAGAAAGCGGCCAGUCUCACUACUAGUCCUGGAGUGAUUGUACUCCAUAUCCGCUCAAACGAGCUGAUGUUUUUGAGUCGGCCUUUGACUUGACACCACUCGGAACCACUCAGCUCAGCUCCCCAGAGUCUUGUAUCGCAAGUGGUGAUGCCACCAUUUUUGCAAAGGUGUCCUGCCCAGGCCGAUGAACGGUCAGUUUUUGAGACCUAAACGAGAACGGGCUGGAGUACGUCGGAAGGUCCCCGGAUAGAAAAGCCUUGUUUCUGUGUUCUUGCUUGGUCCAAGCACAAGCUGAUGAAGCUCAGUGGGUGCUUGAGGUCCGUAAUUGUGCGGCAGUGCAGUGCUGAAAGCCAUGGGACCUUGGGUGCAGUAGUUGAGAGAGUCCUACUUCCGUACAUUUUGGGAUGGUCGUGGAGGUCACCGGGCGAGGCCAGUUGGUGGACUCGAUGGUGUCAAAAUCACCCCGCUGACCGCCAAGCCUCCCCAUAUUCGAGUCUGUGUGUGGUCAGGUUCUGCCCCGUUACUUCGCCUUACAGAGCAGACCUCCCUGGAUCUUCC